UCGUAUAUACAAAAGUAUCUUCUCUAACCAAGUCUCAUAACUAACAAGUGCAAUCGAGACUUUGUAUCCCUGGCGUCUUUUCUGCAUGCUAUAGCGAAACUGCAGCUAAUUAAAACCCGAGAUUUGCCAAUACAAUACAUAUUUUAGUCGGAGGUCGGAUGGCAGGACGAUAGACAACAAGUAGCGAAGCUUGGCGCGUGCAGUGUUGCGGGAAAAAUCGCGUUUUGUUGCGUUGCGCUCUUUUCCAUUCCAAUCCGAUUUACACACAUACGCACACGAACACGCGAACACAAACACACACACUCACACACAUACAACAGGAGCGCACACGGAAGCGAGUGAAAGUGCAUCUACAUCUGUGAUUCUGUGUAAUAAUGCGUCGCGCAAUCGCGAAUUUCGGUGGCUCCAGCAAGGACUAACAAGUGAUCCUAUAGGGAGACUGUGAUACGAGUGCUAGAGUGAAAAGCCUUCCAAUGGCCUCCAAAGAAUCGGAGGAGGAGCAACCGGGAGGGUCAACCACCCAACCAUCCACCCCCAUCGAAGAUCCCAUUGUAAAUGGCGAUGAGGUGGAGGUGGAAAUUAAUUUGGAGGUGACUUGCUGCCAUGUGAGCGAUGCCACCGCAUGCUCCGCUAUCACCACCGAUACCAUCUCCUAUGCCACCACCUCCUCCUUCUCUAUUGCUGCCAUCGAAGCGGCUGCAUUGCCACCGCCUGACCAGGCGAAGCCGGCGGGCUGCCAGCUACUGGAGCGUCUAAACUUCCCCGAGGGCAACAUCAUUAAUACGCUGCACACCAUCCUGGCGCUGCCACCGUUCGAUCCGUAUGCCCCGCCGCCCAAAUCGGAGACGGUCUACAAGGAGGUUGUCUCGCUGAUGCAGUGGAGUCUGCGGGAUGACAAUGCCAUCGAACUGGAACUCAGUGAUAAGCUGUUGCAUGCCUGCGACCAGAAGAGCACUGAUCCCAAUGACAAAACGCGUUCGUAUUUGAUGGCCAUUGAAAAGAUGCGUCUGUUCUCGGAGGAUCCAACGAAUCCGCUCGAUGCUGACGGGCAGCUGCGUGCAAUUACGCUCUAUUUCCAGAAUCUUGCCUUCAUAUUUGUGAAACACCGGAAGGAGGAGUUCUUCACAUUUUGUUCCUGCAAGGAAUGUCUCGAAUAUCGCGAAACCAUCAUGGCAAUCAUGAUGGACCAAUUUAAGGCUGCGCACAUGGUGGUUAUGCUGUUAGACGUACUGAUCAAGGCCUACAGUCCCAUGUUGAAAAACGAUGCUGCCUACAACAAGUUUGAGAAGCUGCUUGAGUGCAACAAGGAAAUCUAUUGGAUCACCAGCGGCUACCUCUACGAUAAAAACGCCGAAUAUCUUGAUUUUAUUGAUGACACAGCGAUCUCUGAUAAUAUGAUAUUAGUGCUAUUCAGCGCCAUUUUGAUGGCCAACAAUCCGAUGUUGCUGCUACAAAUACUCGCCUAUAACGUCGAAUGCAUUGUGAAGGCAUUCUCCGAGGGCAUGAUCGAAAUUGCUCAGAACAUUCAGGAGAAUGAGAAGAUAUCCGCAGAGAGGAUGCUAACCUACAUCCUGGACGGAUACUCUGAUCUUAACUGCAUCUCGCAGAAGAUCUCUCUGAGCCUAUUCGCCUUCGAGAAUGAUUUUCUGCGUAAGUUUAAGCUCUCCUGGGUGCUCCUCUGCCAGCGUCUGUUCCAACAGCACGUCUUUGCACCCCUGGGCGACACCAUGUUGGCCUGCAUCCUGUCGCUGAAGGAGGCAACACCGUCGGCCCAGACCACUGCGCUGAUAAAGCGUUAUAUGCUUUUCGAUGAGCACAUGCACUCUAUCGAGCGGCGCUGGACGGACAUUUGGAUUGAGCUGAACAAGUUCAAUCUGUCGCCGACGGAGCACGAUCGUCGGGCGGGCCUACUGGAUGUGUACAACAUAUUCGAUAAGGUCGUCCUUGAUGCCACCUCCUUCUCGCUGCCGGACAUCAGCGAUGAUGAGUUCAUAGACUUUCAACGCAUUGUCGACCGGCAGCUGGCCUGGAAGAAUAUAAUGGCGUUUACCAAACUAAAGUGGCCCGAUGGUUUCUAUGAUCCGCCCAACAAGCUAGUACAUGAGGAUCUCUGCAAGAGAUGCAAUUCUCUCCUCGAACACCACAACGAGAACUGCAAAUGCAUAACUUGCUCCAUUGCUGGCACACCUUUGCGACCGCGACAAGCGGGCCAUUGCGCCAAGUGCACAACGCUCGGCAUUGUCGAGAAAGAUGCCAAGCUGAUGAAGUCCAAGAUCCUAAGCACAUGCACCAGUGACGAGGCGAAGCACAAUGCGGCCACGGCUGCCACCAGCUCUUCUGCACAGCAGCAGCGUCGGUCCAGCGAUUUGCCGGAGGAUGAGGCGCCCUCGGGUAGUGUAACCACGGUGUUCCGUAGACAAGCUGACGCUGCUCCCACGGACACCAUGCGCACCACAUACCACAUCGCCUGGGCUGUGUUUCAACAUUUGACCACCAGAAAGCGCUAUCGCCACGAUACAAUCGAGGCUCAGUUCUUUUGCGGUGAGAACUGUCGGGUUUCUGCAUGCCAACUGGCCCGAAAGAUCUUGGCCAACCAGCUCUCUCCGCCGUUGACCAAGUAUCUGUUGCGGUGUUUCCAGCCGUUGUCGUUUACGCGCGAGGAGCUUCGCUCCACCUUGCCCUCGCUGAUGUUUUUCAACCGCAAGUUGGCGCCGAGCCCUUCGGAGCUGCAGGAGCUGCGUCAGCAACACUACGUUUACAGGACCUACUGGACAUUCGUCCUGUCCAUAUACGCCAACUUCUUCGUCAAGUUCAACGCCAGCAGCACUGACUUUUCCGCUUUAGAGUUGCUCAAAGGCGACCUGCGCCUGCGCAUGAACAGUGUGAUGGGCGACAAGGAGGACGGUCGUUUCGAGCAGUUUUUGGCGCAGGUUAUUGGAUAUUCGCCAUUCAAAAUCACGGAUGACUUUACACUGGGCGAUGCGAACAUAGAGAAGAUGCAGUUUGGUGUGGAUCAGCUAAUGAUGUUGCACGACUCUCAAAUAAUAAAACGCACUAAACCGGAUAGCACCACGGGCUCAUCGUCCGCUAAAUCGAAGGCAGGUGAUUCCAACAUGGCACAAUCGGGUGGCAGGAGUGGCGACGCAGGCGGCACCAAGAAGAGCAAGGAGAAGAUGCGCAAAUGUUGUGCUGAUUAUGCGGACAUUGGGGAACCUUGCAAGGAGAACCACUCCAAGAAGCGGGUGAAGAAGGAGUGCAAUCAUGCUCGUUUCAAUGAGACGCGUGACCGCCUUCGCAAGAAGCUGUCACAGAUUGUAAAUGACCGCAAGACCAAAUCGACGGAAGAAAAGUCGACGGUGGAGCCAGCUGCCAACCCACCAAAGCGCCCGCCCAAGGAGGAGGGUCAGAGCUCCAAUCAGCCGCCUAGCUUGAAGGUGUUUGCCUCCAAGCAGCUGCAUUCCUCGGUCAACUCCAGAAAGACUUCUAGUGCAGGGGCUUCCAACGAGACCGAUGAGCAGGCGGAUCAGGAGCAGGACAACAGUCUGCUCUGCCUGGACAGCUUGUGCAAGAGCAUUCAGAUGCACACGGAUGCCACGGCGGCGGCGAAUGCCGCUGCAGCAGCCGCAGCCGUCGCCGCUGUCAAAGGCAAUGGAACUGGUUUUCCAGCUGACUACAGCAAAGAGGAAAUGAUGCAGGACUUUGCCGAGUUCCUUGGCAGCUACACUCGCGAGCAGGACCAGCAGCGCUGGAUCAACGAAACCCUUAACUUCAUCGAGGGCAAAUCCCAGCAGCCGCAAACCUCCAAUCCGAAAAAGGCGGCCAAGAAAGCUAAGCAAAAGAUGCGCCGCGAGGAGGAGAAGCGCAUCAAAGAACUGGAGGAUUUGCGGGGACAGUUCUUGGACAUAUAUUUUAAGGAGUUCAUUGAUAAGUACGAGAUGAAGGCUCUCACGGCUGCUGGCGGCCGGAAAAAAGAGAAGAAGCGCAUCGGGGAGUUGGAGGCGAACAUUAAAAACCUCCAGCGCGCCAAGGCAAAGGUGGAGACAGUUAUCCUCGAACUUAUUGCCACCGUGAAGCAAACAAAUAGCGAAUUUAGGUUCUCCUACCUGCCCACAAAGGAGCAGCAGCUGGCUAAAAUGGCUCAGCUGGAGGAAAUCUUAAACGGAGGAUCAUCCACAGCUGCAGUCGAAGCUACCAAUCAGGCAGCUCCUGUAGAACCGCCUGGAUACCCGGACUAUAGUAGCUCCUCCUUUUACCCAGGAAGCUCUGCUCCUGUUCCGCCUGUUUGCUUUGCUCCACAGCAGCAGCUCUCACGCGAUGUGAUCGCCGCCAUGGCGGCCAACUCCAUCACUGCCGAUCCCUCCAAACGCAUCGUGACCAUUAGACGUGUGCAGCUUCCCCAUCCUGGUGCUGAGCAGCAGGUGACUGUGGUGGCCAAAGGCAGUGCUCCGCACGAGGACAAACUGCUAUACACUUUUGUGAACGGCCACAUGGUCGCCUCGUUAGAGACGGCUUCGGUGCCAGUGGCUCCUGCUCCGGUGGUUGUAGCUCCCAUUCCAGCUCCCAUUGUUCCGGAGAAGAGUGCCAAGGCCAAGAAGAAAGAGGCUAAGCGAGCGGCAGCAGUGGCUGCGGCGGCGGCGGCAGAAGCAGCGGCGGCAGCUGCAGCAGCGGCCACAGCGGCGGCGCUGGCUGAACAGGAGGCGAAGGCAAAGCUAACCAAAAAGCAGCCCAAGAAGCAGGCUACUGCAUUGGUGACCCACUCCAGCACCACGGCGAGCAACACCUCCUCCAAGUCUCAGACGCCGCAGAGCACUCGCGAGAGCUCCGUGAGCAGUGUGAAGCCAAAGACGGCGCCCAAAAAGCCCCCGGCUGCUAAAAUUCCAGCUAAAGAGCCACCCAAAAAGGAGGUUCCCAUUCCAGAACCAGAGCCACCGAAGCGUCAAAAACGUGUUAAGUCGCGUCUGGAUGCUGGACAGCUGGAUAACAAUCCUUUCAAGUCGCUGCAUAUGCAGGAUUCUUCGGAGGGUGAAUGGGAAACGGGCAGUGAGGAGGACGAGAUCCAUGCGCCGCCAGUUAAGCAGCAGACAACUAAACUGCCAGCAGCUCCGCCGGCAAAGCCAGUGGCCCCACCUCCAGUGAUCGGUAAGAAGAACCAACCACCAGCCCCAGCUCCAGUUGCUCCUUCGAAAAAGGCCAACAAACAGCCGGAAGCGCCGCACAAACUGCCGUCAAAGGAAACCCCAAAAGUUCAGGCCCAAGCAAGGGGCAAGUCUCAUUCCCAGCAGCAGCAAAGUCAGCCGGAAAAGGUGCUCCCACCAAGCAAGACCCAACCCCAGCGCCCAUCGGAAGCCGUUAGGAAACAGAAGCCGGCAUCUGGCCCCAUCGAAUCGAAUCGCAAUGCCCAUAAUCAGCCACAACAACAACCGCAGCAGCAGCAGCAGCCGCAGCAACAGUCGUCGCGUGGUGGUCGUGGAAACAAUGCUCGGGUGAAGCCACCAUCCAGUGGCCAACAGCAGCAGCACGCCAGUACUCAACCCGAGCGAUUGGAAGCGAGUACUUCGAACUCCAAGCGAUCACAGCGUGGAAAACGUGGACACCGGCAAAAGCAGGAGGAUCUUUCUGGCAUUCCACACAACAUGGGUUAUUUCAAUCCCAACGAAGUUGCCAUACCACCGCCGCAGCAGCAGACUGGAAGCUAUGCCAGCACCCUGUCCCAGCAGAUGCAACACCUGCGCAUCAGCCAGCCAUCUGGCGGUCCCGGCUCUGGCGCCAAUUCCAAGCAGACGGGUCAGUCGCCAAACUGCAGCAUCAUGGAUCAACUGAACCGGGGCGUGCAGGUGGAGCAUCUGUCUCUGCCACCUGGCAUUACGCUCACCAAGGUGGAUCCGGCCAAGAGCGAACAGCUGCGUCAGAAGAGCGAGUCCAUCCGACUGCUCUCGAAGCCGCUGGCCGAGCAACAGCAGGCCCAGCAGCAGCAGCACCACUUCCAACAGCCGUCACAGCAGCUUCUGAGCAACUAUUACGGAGCUGCUGGGAUGGCUGGCAUGGAUCCAAAUGGGGUGAUCAUGGUGGAGGCCAAUCCGCGCUCCAACCGCAAUCAGGGCUCGCCAAGUGCUCCUCCCAACGUGGCGGCAGCUGCUUCAGCGGCCAGUGCCAGUGGUAAGUCCUCCAGACGUCGACGCCGUAACCGCGGAAAGUCUGGAAGUGGCAGUGGAUCUAAUCCAGCUGGAGCUAAUGGAUCUUCUGGAGCGGCGACCAAGCAGCGAUCAGCAGGAGGUGGAGGAAGCGUUGGAACAACUCGACCUGGAGGAGCAGGGGAUGGCCAAAAAGCAACUGCAUCGCCGAUUGCUGGCGGAGCCACAAUCGAAACCAGUGCUGGUGGCAAUAUCAUAACCCUGCGUAAUCCCAUGUUCCAUCAGGGCAACGGGCCAGUUUCUGCUGGUGGAAUGUUGCCACCAAAUCCUAACCCAAUGCCUCCAGCGCGGAACUUCGGUAGUGGUGGUGGUGGUGGUGGCGGUGGUCUACCUAUCGCACCGCCCAUGCCUAUGGACCAACCGGCGGCAAUCAUUAAGAACGAGAACGGUAUGUUCACCAUCCGUAAUCCGGCACUGCACCAGGCCGUGACCAACGGUCUGUCGAUGGGCGGCUACCGGCAGUUUGGCAGCAACGUCAGCUACUACACGCCGCAGGAGGCGGUUGCCGAGGCAGCCAGAGCCACGCAGCAGAAGCAACAACAGGGAAUAGGUGGUAGCCAAACUAACAGCAGCCCCGCCAGCUCCUUCUCGUACUUUUCCAGCGGUUCGGCCAGCGGAAAUAGUAGCGACAACGGGACGCACAACAAUAUCAGUAUUAGCUGUAGCAAUGUUCCACCGAAUGCCGAAAAUCCUGGCAGAUUGGUCGGUGAGGCGGCGGUGAUUGCCCGACCUAAGCAAUCGCAGAAGUGUCUCUCGGCCAUUGGCAGUGAGCUGAAGCAGAAGACCAAAGACAGCAAGUGGCAGCCGGUCGAUUAUAAUCCGGCAGCUGGAAAUGGAGGAGUCGGAGGCGUUGGAGUGGGAGUGGGAGUUCCCCUGCAGGACAAGUAUCAGCAGUCGAACUAUUACAAUGGCUUCGAUAUGUUUUCGAGCGCUCAGGCACCUGGCUCUAGCGGCGGUGGUUCCAGCGACUGUCACAUGCAUCACAGCUGCGGCGACGAUUCUCCGCCACCACAGAUCACUGGUUUCAAUUCCUACCUGGAGGGCAUACCCAACACCGGCGUUAUACGCUACGACGACGCCGCCUUCCUAAAGAACUUGAUACCGGGACAGCAUCUCAACAACGAGGUCUCGAUACACAAUAUAUCGGAGUCGAACUUCACGCGGAACAACGCGUCGCCAUCGCCGCAUCAUGUGGAGAUAACCAGUGUGUUCGGUGGACGAGUGCGAGCCCCAAGCGCCUUUGAGCCACAGCAGCCGCCACCAGGUCCAACUUUUUGUGACAGUGAUACCCACCUCUUUGUGCAGAACAGCAUUCUGCAGCGCCCUUCAGAUCCCUUUGGCUACGACUUCGAUCCCUCGAUUGGCGGCGGAGCCGGAGGUGGCUCCAAGGCCGCCAGUGUGGCCAGCGAUCUGAACGAAUUCCUGCGCCGCAGUCCCCACAGCCAGCGCACCUCGCCGUAUAAUCCGCCGGACGAAAGCGCCGCAGCUCUAGAGACGUUCGUCCAAAAUAUGAACGCCCUGCAGAUCGCGAGCGAUGCCGAGCAGUGCUCGCGUCUGAACGGAUUGGGUUCGGGUCCCACAGUCGGAGGUGUACCCAAUGAGGCUCCCUUGUCUUCGGACGCCACCGCCGGAGGUGCCGCCAAUGCUGCCGCCGCCUGGUGGUAAAGCGGGCGACAUGACAAGAGCUGCUGGAUGGCCAACAGCCAAACGUUUUUGAAUCCGAAUCCCAUACAAGCAUUCAUCUCAUAAACAUUUCAUCAUCGCUUACCGCGGAGAACGACAAAAAAAAAUAAGAAAAACGAAACAUAAAAAUACAAAAACAGAAAACAGAAAACACAUCCAAGAAAUCAUUUAAAAUGGCUUAAAAGUCAAUUUCGAUGUUUCAGCAAAAAAGAGAAAAAUAAAGAAAAACUUUAACUUAAA